GUGGUUCAUUAACCAAGCUGGCUUAUUACUCAACUGUACAGCACAAAGUGGCAAGAGUGAGAUCCUUUGAUCAUUCUGGAAAGGACAUAGACAAUGAACCUUUGUAUGAAAUAUCUGUCCAGGAGGAGAUUACAGCUCGGCUUCACUUCAUUAAAUUUGAAAACACUUACAUUGAAACCUGCCUAGAUUUCAUCAAAGACCAUCUUGUCAAUACAGAGACAAAAGUCAUCAAAGCCACAGGUGGUGGUGCCUAUAAAUUCAAAGACCUUAUUGAGAAGAAACUGGGGUUGAAAGUUGAUAAGGAAGAUGUAAUGACCUGCCUAAUUAAGGGGUGCAACUUUGUGCUGAGGAACAUCCCCCACGAGGUGUUUGCUUACCAGAAGGACUCAGACACAGAAUUCCGCUUCCAGACCAACCACCCCAACAUUUUCCCUUAUUUGCUGGUCAACAUUGGCUCAGGGGUCUCCAUAGUCAAGGUAGAAUCAGAAGACAAAUUUGAAUGGAUUGGGGGCAGCUCAAUUGGAGGUGGAACCUUCUGGGGUCUGGGAGCUCUGCUCACCAAAACAAAGAAAUUUGAUGAACUGCUGCAGCUGGCCUCAAAGGGCCAGCACACCAACGUGGACAUGCUGGUGAAGGAUGUGUAUGGAGGUGCCUGCCAGACCCUGGGGCUCAGUGGGAAUCUCAUUGCCAGCAGCUUUGGGAAGUCCACCACAGCAGACAAAGAAUUUUCCAAAGAAGAUAUGGCCAAAAGUUUGCUGCACAUGAUCAGCAAUGACAUUGGCCAGCUGGCCUGCCUGCAUGCCAAACUGCACAACCUGGAUAAAAUUUAUUUUGGAGGGUUUUUUAUCCGGGGCCACCCUGUCACCAUGCGCACAAUCACCUACAGCAUCAACUUCUUCUCCAAGGGAGAGGUUCAGGCAUUGUUCCUGAGACAUGAAGGCUACCUGGGAGCCAUUGGGGCAUUUUUAAAAGGAGCUGAACAAGACAAUCCAAACCAGUACAGCUGGGGAGAGAAUUAUGCUGGGAGUUCUGGGCUCAUGAGCACAUCCCCUGAUGUUUCCCCGCUGCAGAGAACACGCAGUGGUACAUUUGACAUGCUGGAAAUGGACAGAUUGGAGAGACCACUUGUUAACCUGCCACUGCUGAAAGACCCCUCCACCUAUAUCCCAGACACUGUUGACCUCACAGAUGAUGCCAUGGCCAGAAAAUACUGGCUCACCUGCUUUGAGGAGGCACUGGAUGGGGUGGCAAAGCGAGCUGCAGCCAGCCAGCCAGACUCUGUGGAUGCACAGGAGAGAGCUGAGAAAUUCCGCCAGAAAUACUGGAAUAAGCUCCAGACGCUCAGGCAGCAGCCCUUUGCUUAUGGUACCUUAACAGUCAGAAGUCUCUUGGAUACAAGGGAACACUGUUUGAACGAGUUCAGUUUUCCAGACCCCUAUUCCAAGGUAAAGCAGAAAGAAAAUGGAAUAGCCUUGAAGUGUUUCCAGAGUGUGAUCGAGUCCCUGGACUCCCUGGGCUGGGAGGAGAGGCAGUUUGCACUGGUGAAAGGACUCCUGGCAGGGAAUGUCUUUGACUGGGGAGCAAAGGCAGUCUCAGAUGUUCUGGAGUCUGAGCCACAGUUUGGGUUUGAAGAAGCCAAGUCAAAGCUCCAAGAACGACCCUGGUUGGAAGAUUCCUACAGCCAGUGGCUGGAGCGACUGAAGGAGGGUCCCCCUCAUAAAUGUGCCUUAAUUUUCGCAGAUAACAGUGGGAUAGACAUAAUUUUAGGAGUCUUUCCUUUUGUCCGAGAGCUCCUUUCUAGAGGGACAGAGGUGAUUCUGGCCUGUAACUCUGGCCCUGCCCUCAACGACGUCACCUACAGCGAGUCCCUGAUCGUGACCGAGCGCAUCGCGGCCAUGGACCCCGUGAUCCACUCUGCACUGAGGGAUGAGAAGCUGCUGUUGGUUCAGACGGGCUCCAGUUCUCCGUGCCUGGAUCUGAGAGCGGCAGACAGACCUGGUGGUCAUCGAGGGCAUGGGCAGGGCCAUCCACACCAACUACUACGCCGUGCUCAGGUGUGAGAGCCUCAAGCUGGCCGUCAUCAAGAACUCGUGGCUCGCCGACCGCCUCGGGGGCAAAAUCUUCAGCGUCAUCUUCAAGUACGAAGUGCCCUGUAAAUGAUGGAGCUGGCACGGCCCACGGACUUGCACUAGUUUUACUUUAACUGUAAAGAAUGUAUUUUUAUUACAACAGGGACAAGAGUUCACAGGAAAUUCCGUAUUUAUAUUGUGCUUUUGUGACUUAAAAAGCGACAAUAUGAUUCACUCUAUAGUCUACACACUCAAAUAUAUAUAUGUAUAUCACUCA